AUGGAUUUUGAGUUUGAAUUUUUGUCCGGCACAUUUCCAGCCUAUCCCGACGACGAGGAUAAAGAUCACCAGAGAGUCUGGGGCUAUGGGGAGCCCGAUGAUAAGAUUCGGGGGUUAGAAACAUCAAUUGGGUGUAUUCUGGAUGCUCUCGAUAAGAAGGGCCCUUUUAUCGGCAUAGUGGGCUUUUCAUCAGGAGCCGCCAUGGCUGCUAUAAUAACAUCGAUCUUGGAGAAGACAGAGAGAGGCGAUAUUUCUCCCUGGAAGGUGAUCACGAGCACCCUCAGCCGAAUAUGCCUUAGUGGCUUCAGAUUAGACAAGGGGUGCUACGAAACAUUCUAUUCUCCGAAUAUUGAGACUCCAGUAUUUCACACGAUCGGCGAGCUAGAUUCGAUGAUCUCAUCCACUCAAACAGAAAAUCUUAUGCGGUGCUGCAAGAGGCCAUGGCUUUUCGAAUUCUUUGGCGGGCAUUACGUACCACAGAGCAAGGAAUUCUUAGAAUUCAGUCAAUCCCUCGCAUCGUUUCUUAGAGGUGCACUGCGGCAUUCGUUGAACAGUCAGGCCACCUCGAGCAUUUCGUCCUUCUAG